AUGACGACGAGCAAAGCCGCGUUGAUCCUCAGCGCUGCGCUCGCCGGCGGCGCCCUCGCGACCGUCCUCAUGAAGGCGCAGUUUAGCCUCAUCGUCCCGGGCACCGACAGCUGCACUGACGCCAAUGGCACGACGUCGACGACCUGCCGCUUUGCCAAGCCGUGGUUUGGCGUGCUCCAGAUGAAAGCGGCCAUGAGCAUGAGCCUUGUCUUCCUUGUCGUGCGCAAACGCUACACGAAAUCGCUCUUCCUCGAGACACCCGUCUUCAAGCGUCAGCAGUACGGUGUCAAGUACAUGCCCCAGCCGCGCACGUACGAGGAGCGCCGCAUGCUCCUGCAGCAGUCGGUCGAUGGCCCGUCGUGGUUUUCCCUCUCGCUGCUCGUGCUUCCUGCGGCGCUGGACCUUAUCCAGACGAUGUUGUCGCUCAUGGGGCUCUUGUGGAUCCCAGCGUCCGUGUACCAGAUGAGCUCGGGGUGCGUUGUCGUCUUCAGCGCGUGCUUUGCGGUCCGCGGUCUCGGCCUCAAACUGCACUGCUACCAGAUCUGGAGCAUUCUACUCAUGCUCGUGUCCAUGGUGAUCGUCUCGAUCGCGGGCGUCCUCGGCCACGGCGUCCUGAGUCCCCGCGACAUUCUCAGCGUCCAGUUCCAAAACGUCGUCGACGCCGAGUGGACCCAGCUCGUCGGCAUGGCGUGCAUUCUGCUUUCGCAGCUCAUCUUUUCGCUGCAGCUCGUCGUCGAGGAGCACUUUCUCAACGUGCACCACGUCAGCCCCAUCUUGCUCGUGGGCAUGGAAGGGCUCUGGGGUCUCGUGCUCUUGCUGCCGAUGACGCCGCUCCUCAACAUGACACCCGCCACCGACUCGGCUCUUGCGCAGCUGUGGCACGAAGACUUUUCAGACACGUGGGUCAAGCUACGCCGCUCGGGGCUUCUCUGCUUGCUCGUUGCCUUGUAUAUGCUCUGUGUCGCCUCGUACCAGAUUGCAGCCCUCUACAUCACCAAGCACCACUCGGCGCUCGUCCGCAGCAUGGUCGAGCUCGGGCGAACGCUCGGUGUAUGGGUCCUAGGCUUUAUUGUCUACUACAUCCUCGAGUGGACGGGCCCGUCGUCGCCGGGGGAGCCCUUUACAGAGUGGUCAUGCGUCGAAGCCGUCGGGUUUGUGCUCAUGGCGCUGGCGACGCUCACGUACAAGCAAAUUCUGCAUUUCCCGUGCGUCCGUUUGUACCAAGACGACCGUGGGCUCCCGGUGCAAGUCGAAAUUUCGUCCUUUAUGCUCGACCGCCACUGA